GGUUGAUGAACAAACUUUAUGUGAAGAUGGACUACAAUGGUCUCUCAUUUCUGGGAAAGAAGAAAGCUUUAAAGUACGAGAUUAAAAUACAAGAUUUUGUGUGGAUGAAUGAAGAUAGGUCUAUAAAUUUCGUCAAAGAAUUAUACGAAACAUUCGCCCAUGGACAAGGACCACAAAGAAUAUUUGUUGUCGAACCACAGAAUAUACUCCCUAAGUUCAAUAAGGAACUACCCAAUCUCACUCCCAAACCAUUUCUACCUAUAACUAUAUCUUAUAACGAGUAUCCAUGUACGGAGAAUGAAUGUUCGACUCCAUCGACAGCUUCAGAGAUAGAAAUGACGACGCCAUUGUCCGCCGAGUUUGGAUUAAAUGAUUCUGGAAAAGAUGAUAAAAGUUCUUCGACGACAUGGAUUGUUGUUGCUACUGUGGUAUGUGUCAUCCUUGUUGUUGCCGUCAUUGCAUUUUUUGUUUACAAAUGGAACCUCAAACGUCAGUCUGGAAACUUUGAGGUGCAUAAAAAGCCUGUUGCGCCCAGAAAUACGAUGAUCCAUUACCAGGAAAGCGCACAUCGAAAGAAACAGCAACAAAUGCGACUAUAAUUAAUUGAGGUCAGUUUAUGCCGGCACGCGUUAAGUGAGCACUUAAUUUACCCGCAUUGGUAAAUUUCGUCAAUUUCUCCGAGUUACAAAGCAUGCAUGUAUUUUGCAGAUUGUACCCUGGAGAAUUUUCAUGUUUCAUAACUUUUUUCGCUAUUGAAACUUUUCCUUUGAAUUUUGACAUGGAGACUAAACGUUGUUUUUGUCAAUGACGCUUAUUAGGAACGCUGUGUUGAAUUAGCUGCAAAAGUAAAGUUUAGUACAGUUUUCGUAGCUGUCAUGUUUUUGUUGCAUGUGAAGUCCGCGGUACAGCGCUCAGAAAUGCGAUCAAGAUGAUUAAUUAAAGAAGUUUGCCAUUGCAUAAAAUAGCAUUUUUAAAGAAUGAAAGUAAAGUCCCGAACUAGGAAAUUUUUCCCAAAAAUUUUACGGCAUUUAAAAGGAAUGAUUAGUAUCCUUUCCAAUGUAGAUCAAUAAAAGUAAAAUCAAUAUAUAUAUAUAUGUAUUUUAAAUAAAGUUCAAUCCAUGCAGCUCUUGGUAUGGAAAUCCGGGCAUGAAAA